UUGAGACUAACAAGAACCUGUCCACUCAUCUCUGUGUCUGUGUAGGUUGAGUACAUGGAGAAAGGGACGAUGACGGGUCUGGCCCUGAAGCACAUGCUGGAGAACAGUUUCUCCGAGGCCGAGGGCGCUCGUCCCGCCAGCCGCAACAUCCCCCGCAUCGGACUGGUCUUCACAGACGGACGCUCCCAGGACGACAUCACCGAGUUCGCCAAGAUGCCCAAAGAAGCCGGCAUCACCAUGUACGCUGUGGGCGUGGGGAAAGCUGUGGAGGAGGAGCUUCGUGAGAUCGCGUCCGAACCCGUGGAGAAACAUUUCUAUUACACCAGCGACUUCACGGCCAUCAGCACCAUCGCUGAGAACCUCAAGCUGAACGUCUGUCCAGAGGAGAGUCAGGGGGAGAUCGAGGUGAAGGACCCGUGUGCCUGUGAGAGUCUGGUGGAGUUCCAGCAGGCCACCAUGAGCAGCCUGGAGCAGCUCACACAGAAACUGGCUGGGAUGACUGCUCGUCUGGAGCAGCUGGAGAACCAGCUUCUCACCAGGAAGUGACCAGGACGCCACAGAGGAAGAAGGACAGAGUGAGGAAGAGGAGGAAGAGGAGGGCACAUCCUGGAGAGAUCCUUUAGAGCAGGAAUCAGAAAUCCCUUCUAAUCAAUGGACCAUCCAGUGUUUCCACGAAGCCUUGGGGGCCUUCAGUAGAUCUGCUGAUCUCCACCUUGAUGAGGACCACAUUUAUCUGACAGCUUGUGAUUAGGAUUCACUUUUCUGGUAAAGAUGUAAAAAAUAAAUCAUUUGUUUACUUAUUGCCUUUAAAAGACAACAGCGACAACAAUCUACGAUUCAAAAUAAACGUUUGUAUAAAAUAGAUGAAUAUUAACAACACUGUGCAACUUUUAUUGACCAACAGCGCCCCCUGCGGCCACAUGUGGUGAUUGACUCUGUUUGGCUCUGUGUUCGCGCGAUGACGCGUGUCCCACUCACUGAACUGAAAUAUUACCCAUGAUCCUCUGCUUCCUGAACCUGAAGAGCUGCAGCUGUAACAAAUCUUCAUGUUUCACAGUUUCCUGCUGAAUCUUGGAGAUAAACUCUGGUUGUUAAUAACUUCAGAGUGUUUGUAACUGAUCUCAGUUCAGCUCCACUCUUCAGCUGCAGCUGGUUGUGUCUGUGACUCUCAGUCAGUUGUUCUCUCAGGAGAUGGAACCCACUCAGCAGAGUCACAGAGAACAGACGCUCAGGGAGAGAAGGAGGAAACUUUCUCUUGUUCACACUCACACAUCAGACUCACUUUCACCAAGCUGCUGCUUUCAGCUAGAAAAGUUGCAUAGUGUUGAUUUAAAUGCAUAUUUGUGACAACCUACAGUUUCCAUGUGUCAUCCAACAAUCAGAGAAAUCCUCCAGACAUCUACUCGUACAUCAUCAGAUACAAACAGGAGCAUAGACGUGUUGGUGUCUUUGUGAACUGGAUGUAAUCGAUGUAGAUAUUAGAUAUAAACAUAAAGAGAAAACCAUGAGCAGCAGUUUUCAACAGUCACCAACCCUCCAUCUGUUUCUGUUAGUUCCCUAUUUAUACUUGAUCUGUUUUCUACGCUUUGUUAAAUAUGAUGUAUUUAUAGCAUUUUUUUUUACCAACAGUAGACUAGAGAUUAAAGAAGUCGGGGGGGGGGGGUGUUACCAGUCCCAUUUGUCACACGUCAUGGUUUCUUGUUUUCCAGGUAGAAAAGUCAUUUUUAACUCCUGUCGGGCUUCGUAGUGAGAAGUGUUGAAACAAAGGGAAGUGUAAAGUUUCACUGGAGCUGUGGUCUGGUGUUGAUUGAGGUGUUCAUAUUAUUAUAAUCAGUAUUUUACUCUGAAUAAACGACCUUUCUUACGUAAAA